AUGAUCUCCGGCUGGGCGUCGCCCAUCCUGCCGCGCCUGCAGGAGCCGGGCUCGUGGCUGCCGCUGACUGCGGACGAGGCCUCCUGGAUCAUCUCCUGCUUCACCAUAUCGACCGUGCCUACCAAAAUAGGGGUGCCCUUCAUCGUCGACGUCGUCGGCCGCAAGCGACUGCUCAUCGCAUCCGCGCUGCCGGUGUUUGUUAGCUGGAUCAUGGUGCUGUUUGCUCGCUCGGCGGGUAUGCUGAUAGCAUCACGGCUGGUGGCUGGUCUGGGCGUUGGGGCCAGCAUCUGCCUGGUACCGAUGUACGUGGGGGAGGUGGCCGAGGCCAAGGUGCGGGGGAUGCUCGGCACUGUCUUCCAGUUCGCCAAUAGCGUCGGUUUCCUCGUGUCCUACAGCAUGGGCCCCUACAUGUCCUACUCGGUCGUGGCCAUCGUGUCGGCCACCGUGCCAGUCCUCUUCAUGCUGGGCUUCCUGUGGAUGCCCGAGUCACCAUACUUCUUGGCUCUGCGUGGAAGGGACGAGGAAGCCGAGAGCGCCUUGAGGAGGCUGCGAGGUGCCGUGUCUGAGGAAGCCAUCCAGGAGGAGCUCGGCAUUGUGCAGAAGUACGUCAAGGAGCAGCGAGAGACCCAGCGGUCGUGGCUGGAGCGGCUGGGCCAGCUGGUGCGUCGGCGCGGCAGCCGGCGGGCUCUGGUGGUGUGCGUGGUGCUGGUCCUGACGCAGGCGUUCGCGGGGCUGAGUGUGCUCAUGGGCUACACUACUGAGAUCUUCCAGCAGUCGGGUGUGGCACUGGAUGCAGAUGUGUGCGCCAUCAUCGCGGCAGCAGUGCAGACAGUGAGCAGCGUCGCCACAUCUCUGCUGGCAGACCGCGCUGGCCGCCGGCCACUGCUGCUGCUCUCGCUCAGUGGCUGCAGCCUCACCAUGGCCACACUCGCCACCCUCUUUUACGUCAAGGACGUGGUGCGUGCAGACCUCACUGCAGUGCAGUGGCUGCCACUUGCCGCCAUGGCUGCUUUUAUCGUGUUCAACAUCUUGGGUAUCGGCCCGCUGCCGUGGGCCAUCGUGGGCGAGGUGUUCCCGUCGGAGGUGAAGGGCGUCGCCACUGGGAUCGUGUCUGUGGCGCUGGCUAUCACCACCACGACGCUCAGCAAGCUCUUCCAGGUGAUCAGCGACGCAGCGGGCAUCUACUCCGUCUUCUUCCUCUUCAUGGCCAGCGCCGUCGUCGGUCUCGUCUUCACCGUCUUCUUUGUACCGGAGACCAGGGGCCGCACCUUCGUCGAGAUCACACGGCACUUCGAGGGUGAAGAAGACGAAGAGCUAAAGUAG